GAGGAGUAGAGAUGUUUAUUUUACGAGCACGAGAUGGGUUUUCAACUCUUAGGUGCUGGUAAUACUUAUUAUCCUGAUUUAUCUCAUGGUGCUAUUGAUAUGUCUCAUGUUUCUGUUCCAGAUGUUCAACAAACAGGUGAUGCUCCCGAUGAUGGUCAUGAAAAUACUCAUGAACAUGACCGUAUUGAAGAGGUACAACCAGAGAUUGUGCCACAACCUGAUGAUGAAGCUGUUGAAAUAGAAAGUGGAGAGUCUUCUAAUCAGGGGGAGCAAAACAGCCCACAGGUGGAAGAGCCAACAUUGAGAAGGUCAACCUGAGUUCGACAACCUUCAAGACUUUAUCCAAGUUCAGAAUAUAUCCUAAUCACUGAUGAGGGGAGCCUGAAAGCCUUAAAGAGAGAUCCAACCGUUGGAUUGAGCUGAAAUUUUCAGAGGUUGUUCCCAACACUUAGGGCUUCAAUCUGUUCAAUUUUCACGUCAAUCGGAGCUACGGAUCUUCUGUAAUCGCAGCUGGUGCGACGCUGCGUUUUUGGGUGAUAAUCCUGAUUUUCCUUCUCUAUUGUUGAUGGCUCUUAUGUAUGUUGUUGUUGGUGGGCUGUGACAUCCUUGUAGACUGAGUUUGGGUGUUUUUACCCUCAAUUUGCAUAAUAAGAGAAGAAGAGGGCGGACUCCCUAUAAGUCCCGUGGUUUUUAUCCUUCACAUCGAAGGGGUUUUCCACGUAUAAAAAUCGUGUGUCGUUUGCAUCUUUAUUCUUCAUAUUUGGAUGUGGUUUAUUUGAUGUGUUGCUGAUUUUGUGUGCUUGGUUAAUCAAUUGUGGUAAAUUGGGUUAAGUGUUUGGUUGGUUGUCUUGAAGUUGAUCCUUGUAGGUGUCGUAUCCUACUUGUUGCUUCUCCCCCAACACACAAUAUUUACAAUCUGACAUGGUUCAAUAAGAAACAAAAUAUAAAAGGGAAUGAAUGAACAUAAGGGGG